UUAAUGCGGAAUUAUAUAUAUCGUCCGUGUAAGGCUCCAUUAUUAGCGUGCGUUCAAUUUUUUCCGACUUGACUAUUUCCUCUACGGAAAAAGGAAAAUUUUAUGCAAAAUUCAUCGAAAGAAAAAUGCAUCGAGGUAGAAUGAUUUUAUUGUAAAGAAAUAGUAUGAAAAGGCGUUAAUAGGCUCAUCACAUUUUCCCCAAAAAAUUUGUGGCAAACAAUGAACCCGGACAGUUUAGAAGGCUCUGAAGAAGGGAAGAAGCGAGAUUUACUGGGAAAGAAACGCGACUCCAAGAAAGGGCAGAAGGAUCAGGGGUACGUCAAGUUCGACGAAGAGGACUCGGACACAUCUCAGCUCACCUUAGAUGAAGUCAAGAGUCCCUCUAAGGUGAAGAAAACCAAGUCGUUUUUCAAAAAGCAGAAACCAAAGGAAGAAAAGAAGGACAAAGAUGGAAAGAAAGAUGAAAAGGAAAAAGAAAAGGAAGUGAAGAAAGAAGAGAAAGAAGGAAAGAAACACAAAACAAAAGGAAAAAAGAAAUCCAAGCAUGAGCCUCCAGCUCCAGCCGAACCAGAAGAAGCCACUAAGCCUAUUUUUGGUGUGCCCCUCUCUGUGGCUGUGGAGCGGAGUCCAAGUCAUGAUGGAAUCGAUUUGCCGCGACUAUUCAGGGAGUGUGUGGACUAUAUAGAAGAGCACGGUCUAUCGUGUGAGGGGAUCUACCGGAUCUCGGGGGUCAAGUCUAAGAUUCAAAUGCUGAAGGACUGCUACAACAGGGGGGCACCUGUCUACCUGGAGGAGCACGAACCCAACAUCAUCGCGAGUCUACUCAAACAGUUCCUGAGGGAGCUCCCCGAGCCAGUGCUGACCAAGGCACUGAUGGGCAAGUUUGAGGAGGCAUCAGUGGUGCGUGGUGAGAUAGCGAGAUGUGAUACGUUCAGGCGACUGAUCAAUGAACUCCCGACCUGUAACCGACUACUUCUGUCCUGGAUGAUUGUGCACAUGACACAUGUAAUACAAAGGGAGAAAGAGAACAAGAUGAGUCUACAGAACGUGUCCAUUGUUCUGAGUCCCACCAUGCAGAUCUCGCACCGAGUCCUCAAUGUUCUGUUCCAGUCCUCCAGUAAACUCUUCUCAGACGUCGAGAUCAAAAAAUAUAAACCCCCGAUCAAGCCCACGACAUCUCGCUGGUCCCUGGAACUCCCAGAAUCCCUUGCUCUGAUGGAGGAGGAGCUACACAAACAGGAAUCUCUACUGAACGCGCUGCACGCUGAGAUCAAUGCUGGAUCUACAGACCAGGAGAAGGAAGAACUACUGUGGGAGGUCCAACGUAUCGUCACCCAACUCAAACGGAAGAUAAAACAGAAACAGAAAGAAACAACAGAGAAAAAACAAACAAGAGAAUCAAGGCCCCCAACUCUAGCAGAGGAGGAGGAGCUAAAGCUAGAUCUACAGGUGCCAGUCAAACAACAUGCCCCGCCCCCUCCCCAACAGGCGCCAAUCACACAGCAAGAGGCUCCGCCCACAACAGAAACAGCCAAUCAAGAUGUGGCUGAUACACAGGUCAUUCCACAAGGCCCAGAGGUCAAGAUGAAGGAAUCAGUGGAGACUGUGGGGACAGCAAGUGAUGGGGGAGCAGGGAUGGAGUCACAGAUUGCAACAGCCAAUCAGGAGGAAGAAUCUACAGCUCAGACUGACCAGCGUAAGGAUGGAGAGGAGAAGAUGGAAACCAUCACGCAGAGAGUAGAGGACUCUGUGGACUCGGGAGACGUAACAGCAGAAGUGACUGAGGACCCACAGAAACUGGACUCUGCUUUAGGGGUUCAAAUUGAGGAGAAAAUUCCUGAGACCAAAACAACUCCAAUACUGGAGGUGGAUGUGAUACCCACAGACCAGGAUGAUGGGGAAAAGGAGGAAACAGUUAGAGAAAAUGAAGAUAAAAAAGAGGGACAGGUUAACAAAGACUCGGGACCUGAGCCAAGUGGAGUACAGGACAAAACAGCUGCAGGGGUCAAGGAGGAGGGAGACUCCUCGGAUGACCAGUUUGAGAACACGGCAGAGGAAAUUCUGGAGGCAGAGAGGGGCGUGGCCCACACUUGGACAGAUGACAGUGAAGCAUGUGUGACAGAUCAGGAGGAAACUAGGUCAGAGGUCAAAAAAGUUCAUCAGGUAAAGGAGGUUAGGGAAAAGAUAGAGGAGUCCGGAAUGGAGGAAGUGGAGGCGGGUGAAGACGAGGCGGACGGAGAACCAAGACACGGGGACCAGUCACAGAAUGAGGAGUUUGAGAAUGAUGGAGAGUUUGCCUAUGAUGAUGAAAUGAUGACUCUGUUGGAUGAAGAACAAGCACUUAUUCUGGAGGAGGAGGAGCUUUUGGCUAUAGAGAGAGAACUGAGAACAAAGAUAGACACAGAGAAACAUGAGAUAGAGAGAUUAAACCAGGAACUGGAUGAGCUCAAAUAUCUAAGACAGGACUCAGAUGUUGAGGAAUACAGCUCCGAGUCAGACAGCAGCUAUGAGAGUGAGGACGAGGAGGACCUACAGGAGAUCCUCAAACAGCUGAUAGCUAAGAACGAGGACCAGGAGAGAAAGAAUGCGGAGUUGUGUAGUAAAAUCCAUGAAGAGAGGAUGAUUUGUCUGGAUGUCAAGGUUCAGAUCCGGAUGAUACAACAGAAACAGUUGGAGAGCUCUCUUAGUAUACAGGCAAUCCUUGGAUAACAUCACAAUAACACAACAAUUACAUAAAGACAACAAAACAACAGCCAAAGAAUUCUUUCAGCAUUCAGGCAAUUCUUUGACAACAACACCACACAUCAACAGUUAUACAACAACAGCAUCUGGAGAGAGCUCUCUCUCAGCGUUAAGAUUAUUUAUUAUUCGAAUGAAAACAGACAAUUCAUAUCUUUAUUGAUAGAAUAUAUAGUAAACUGUAUUUACAUCAAUGAUAGUAUUCAUGUAACAGUGUAUUACUGUCACAUGUAAUUAUUGUUAAUACUUUAGUUAUUGGCCCUGACAUGUAUCCAUUUAUAUUUAGGCUGCUUAGGGUGUAAUGGAUUCUGCAUCCUGCCCUAAGUUUUGACUUAGGUAGAUUUUCUGAUACUGUGGUUUCAUUAAUAUUCAAGGGUAUCAAUUUUCGUGGAUAAAGUGAAAAUCACAGUUUCAAGGAUAUGUAAAUUCGUGGCCAAUGACCCCAUCAAUAGAAAAUAUUAAUAGAAAUUGCAUUUCAAUGAACAUUUAAUUUCAUGGAUCAACUUAAAAACGAAAUCCACGAAAAUUGGUAUUCAACGAAUAUUGAUGAAACCAUAGUAUUAGUUAUUCUUUGUACACUCAGAGAAUGUGUUGCAACAGAUGUAAAUAACAUUAGUAAAGGAUCUAACUUAUAGAUGAUUGUUGAUAAUUUUUAAGUUCGUCAGGACUUGAAUUAUUAAAUGAAUAUUCCUUGGAAAUGUUGGAAAUCUGCAAUUUGAAAGUAAUAACUGUUAGCAAAUGUGUGAGCAUAGGUGUAUGUUUUGAAGAUGAAAUAGGCAAAAAAUGUGAACAGUGAAAAACACCUUUGACUGUUUUCAACAGCACUAGUUAUUCCAGGUAUCAGAUGUUAGUACAUUGUACUUGUAAGAAGUUGUGUCAAAUCUGGCAUUUCAGAUGUGUUACUUUUAUAUAAAACCGAUUAAACGCUGACGCAAGGAAUGGCAGAUCCUGUGAGGUUGUUUGGAGUACAGCUGACCUUUAAUACCUUAUCUCUCUGCCAAUGAUAUUCUGUAUAUUGUAUCUCCGAGUUUGAAUACGAUUCCUAAUGAUCACAAGAAGCUGUAGAUAAUUGAAUUAAGUUCAGAUAGAUAAUUGAAUUAAGUUCAGAUUAGACACAAUAAGUCCUAAGAUGCCUAGAUAUUUCAUGUCUUAUGAUCACUAGUACAUGCCCUUAAUGUGAUUGAGUUGAGAGUAGAUAUAGUAUUGACUGUUUAUGAUGUGUAUUAUAUGUAUCUUGUUAUUACCUGCAUGUUGUAUUGACUGUUUAUGAUUUGUAUUAUGUGUAUCUUGUUAUUACCUGCAUGUUGUGCAAUAAACUUGUGUAUAUCAUUGUUA